AUGUCGGUCGUGUCGCUGCUGGGAGUCAAAAUUCUCAACAAUCCCGCUCCUUUCACGGCAUCAUACCAAUUUGAGAUCACAUUUGAAUGCUUGGAGCAGCUCCAAAAAGACCUUGAGUGGAAAUUAACCUACGUUGGAUCUGCCACUUCCUCUGAAUAUGAUCAGGAACUCGACUCCCUCCUGGUCGGCCCCAUUCCCGUCGGCGUGAACAAGUUCAUCUUUGAGGCUGAUGCCCCCGACUUGCAACGAAUUCCUUCCUCCGAAAUUCUGGGUGUCACCGUCAUCCUCUUGACCUGCAGCUAUGAUGGACGAGAGUUUGUUCGGGUGGGCUACUACGUGAACAACGAAUACGACUCGGAAGAGCUGGCUGCUGAGCCUCCUGCCAAGCCCGUGAUCGAGCGCAUCCGCCGCAAUGUUCUCGCCGAGAAGCCUCGUGUUACUCGCUUCGCCAUCAAAUGGGAUUCUGAGGAGUCUGCCCCUGCCGAAUAUCCUCCUGAUCAGCCCGAGGCCGACCGCCUUGAUGACGACAGCAACACCUACGGUGCCGAGGAGGCUGAGCUCGAGGCCGCCCUUGUGAAGGAGCUUGAAGAGGCCAACAAACAGGGCGAGGAUCAGGAGAUGGAGGGUGGUGAAGCCACCGCCGGUAAUGACGACGACGAUGUCUCUGAUGCCGAGAGCGAGGAUCUCGAGGAGGAGAGUGAUGAUGAUGAUGACGACCUCGACGAUGAGGAAGCUGGCGAGGGUGACGAGGAUGUUGAGAUGGGGGAUGACGCGGAACAAAAGGACGACUCGGGCAAGCCUCACCAGGCUCAGCCUGAGGUGAUGGUGCACUAG